GUGGAACAAUAACCAGCGACGAUGCAAGCACCAGAGUCGGUCGCUCCUCAGACGCCAGAACAACAAGAACUGAACCCACCUCCGACCAUGCCGUCCAAGCUCGCAGCGGAGACCCCAAGUGCCGAAGCGACGACGACGCUCACGAACCUCAUCGUGGCGUUUCUCGAGAUCUCGUCGUCCUUUCUGCGCUUCAAGCACACGGGCCCCGUGGCGUCGCAGUCGCUCCAAGCUGUCGCUGCGGCGCUCGAGAAGCCCAUGGUCAUCAAGGCGCUCUGUCGCAUCAUGCAGACCAUCGCUAUGGCCCUCGAGAAGGAGAUCGUGCUCGAGUCGGUCGCGCAGUCGCUCGACAUGACCGCCAACAAGCUCAAGAAAGAGAGCGUGACGACCGAAGCGAUCAUGCAGCUCAUUCUGAACCUGAGUGCCCAAGGCAUCUCGGGCGUCAACACGCUCUUGGACCAAGACGUUGUCCUGAAAGGGUACCUCGAUGCGCUCGAGACGUUCAAGCCCGUGCUGCACACGGCCAAGGACUUGUAUGAGUACAGCAUGACGUACCCGGCCGUGAGCUACAUGGUCUCGCAGCUGCAGCACCAGGCCUCGUCGCGUGGGCACCACAUUACGUCGCUCUUGACCAACCCACGCGUGCACACGGCGAUCUCGACCGCCACGUCGCUCACAACCACCGCGUGGAACCAAGCGUGGGAGUACUCGCCGUUCGCGUCCAAGGCUAGCAACGCUGAGCGCGAGAAGCUGCGCUCCGAGGUCAUGCUCCACUCCCAAGUGCCCUUUGCGGGCAUGUCGCUCGAAGACAUGCUCUCGACGAACGAGCAGGUGCGUGACGCGAUGGUGCGCCUCGCCGUGGCCAAGGACGCCAAGAUUGCGCAGCUGGAAAAGUCGCUCGCCGACACCAACCAGUAUGCGACCGAGCUCGCCGAGGCCAUCGCCAAGGGCCCGUACCACAAGCGCCCGCCCAUGUCCUACUAGCGAUCUUUCUAAUUUAUGUGUCACUGGACAGCGGGCAAGUCACGCGGAACGUUCGUCAAAAAAGCGCUUUGAAAGCGCGUAGGACGUUAAUAGUCCCUAAUUUUAUUCUUUUUGGUACAAGU